AACACCCUGACGGCCGGAGGAGCUCCUGGAGCACAUCUGAUCACUGCUGCCACAAGGCCCCAGCCAGCCAGCCACCAUGUACUGCCUUCAGUGGCUGCUACCUGUCCUGCUCAUACCCAAACCCCUCAACCCAGCCUUGUGGUUCAGUCACUCGAUGUUCAUGGGCUUCUACCUGCUCAGUUUCCUCCUGGAACGGAAACCUUGCACGAUUUGUGCCUUGGUCUUCCUAGCAGCUCUAUUCCUCAUCUGCUACAGCUGCUGGGGGAACUGCUUCUUGUAUCACUGCACAGGAUCCCAGUUGCCAGAAUCAGCUCAUGAUCCCAGCAUAGUGGGCACCUAAAAAACAAUCAUCUUCCAGUCUGCUGAGGGCUCUUGUUUUGCUUUUAAAAAGGGGGUGGGCUAGGGAGGAGGGAGGGGGUGUUCGGCAUGUGACUGGAGUAAAAACAGCCUGUUUCCUGUA